UUGGCUCAUCCCAUCUGUGGAUCGGCCUACUCUCUCCAUCGCGAUCUUGGGCCGCGCCCGAGAUGUUCGCCUUCGGGCGCUUCCUCGUAACCGCCGCUCUGUGGCACGGUGCCCGCUCGGCGCCACACACAGAGCCGGACUGUGACGAACCGGUCUCCGCGACCAGUUCCGCUCUGCUCCAGUCCAGGCGCCAGAAACGCGACCUGGCAGAACCGUUUGGCCCUGACCUGGACUUUCUUGGUUCAGGUGCUUCGGUCACAUUCAACCGCUCCGGGCUGGCUGCGCAUUGUCGACCCAAAGCUUUACAUGCGCAGCCUUCGGCCUAUGUGGCGAAUAAGCUUGAAGUUUUGAAGGAAACCACCAUGAUUCGAAGCAAUGCCAGCUGCUCAGGCAUCACCUUGGUCCAGCAUAAAGUCACCUCGUCAGAGACGACUUGUUGUCCCAUGGACUCCUUGUCCUGUGGCGGCUGCAUGAAGUAUGCGUCUGGGCAGUGUGCCAAGUGCGUGGGCGGCUUCCUGUUGAAAGAUGGGAAGUGCACGGCGUGCAUUUCCACGGUGGGGUGGACCAAUGAGUUGGGGGACACCUGUGAUGCCAUCCCGGCUGCUGAUUGCAAUGACCGACCAGUAAAUGGUCUAAGCAGCAACCAAGCUUGCUGUCAAUGCAAUGGCGGCGAGAAGAGUGCCACGCCUUUCACUUACCCAGACACCCGCUUUGCAGUUGGAGCCGCGGUAUCAUUGAAACCGCUGCCGCGCACUGCUGAGAGGUAUUCUGUGGAUUCGGGUUGCGGCUUUGCAGCCCACAAUCUCACCAUUGAUGGGGCAACUGGAGCCAUCACCUCCACUCAGAACCCAACCAAACCCUUCACCGUGCAAUGUGAGGUGUCAGCCCACCAGGCAUUGCAUUUGGUGUCGACCGUGAAAGUGAGUGUCACUGUGGAGUUCAUGUCCUAUGGCGCAGGUGCUUUGAUUUUCUCUUCAGGUGUCACAUCGUAUCCAGUUGCACUGGGUUCAGCUGCGGCAGACUGGACUGACUUCGGCAUGGUCUGCGCGCCAGAAGCUCCCUGGCUUAGCAUCGCAAGCUCAGGUGCUGUCUCCACUUCAUCAAGCACUUCAGGUGGUGCUGUGACGGACACGGAGACGCCUGAUGGAGACUUUGUGGGCAUUGAUGGAUCCGUUUGUGUGGUCUCAGCCAAGCAACAGGCUGGAGAUGAAUUUCAAAAACGAAGCACCACCUUUGUAGCGUUGAAGCCAAAACCGUGGCCAACACUUAGCUUUGAAAGCAGCUAUGUGGAAGUGGUGCUUGGAGAAGAACUGGCACCGAUGAAACCCAAAGUUCCAUCCGGGUAUGAGGAAGGAACCGGUGGUCUCAAGCCAAGUUCUUGGGAUGUGAGGUGCUUCGUAGAUGGAGAUUGGGCUGGAACAAGGUCUGCCCCAAGUUGGUCCUUUGAUUCCAAUUGGGGUGUUGGCUUGCUGGGAUCUCACAGCAUUUUGGAGGUGCAGCCGGAUGGUGCCAUAAGCAUCGCACCAGGGGAGUCGAUGGCCAAGUUGUUUGAUGAGAUCCUUGCAGACAACUUGCAGCGAAAAUCCAUCCUGCUGAACUGCGGCAUCUGGGGCUCCUUCCCUGGCUCCGACUUCCCAGAUUUGCGCACGACGAUGCUGAUCCGCAUCAAGGACAGCAUGUGCUGGAUCUCUGAGACGUUCCAGGGCAAAGUCAUCGAGGAGUCGACUGUACUGACAGAGGCGGUCUGCAGGAACAAGUGUCGACUCUCAAAACGUUGCUCUCAUUUCACCUGGAGCCAGGACAAGUGCAAGCACUACCGCGUGGAGAACGAGGGGGGCUCCCCUGUGACGGCCUAUGCCAAAGUCACCAGCUGCACAGACCUGGGCACCUGCCUCCGGCUGGCCCAUCCCCAGUGGGUCCUUGCAGGUGACUACUGCCCCAUCGGCUUUCAGGCAGUCCCACCUGGGCUGGAGAUUUCCAGAAAGGUGACGCAGAUCCGUGCGCAGGACAGCGUGCUGAUGUCUGGGCAGUUGACCACCCAAGGCGACUACAUCCUGCAACCUGGACCUGAUGUCUGUUACGGAGCAGAUCAGUUCACCUGCGGCGUGUUGGAAUUCAAUCUGAAAUGCUCCAAGGAGACGAAGUUGAAAUUCAAGGCUGAGAUGAUUGGCCCGGACGGUGCCUCCGAUUCCAUGUGGGUGCAGAUCAAGGGCACCGGCUCCCGCCUCGCGUGGCACACGGGACAGACCUCCGACUGGGGCUGGUCGUCGGCCGACUCGCCCGAGGUGACGGCGCCGGCCGGGAACAGUGUGGUGCAGUUCUAUGGCCGAGAAAAGAAUUUCAAAGUGAGGCAUUUCAAGAUCGUCCAUGGUGAGGCUGAUUGCAAGUUCUUCGGUCCCCCAGCGAAGACGCCCACGCGACUGGUGGUCUACAAGAAGGAGAGUUCCAUUCCGCAGGAGGUGAUGUACUUGACGACUUCGGCUGGAAGCUCCACUUGUGGUGCUGGCAAAUGGUUGGUGCAGAGGGCCAGCGAUGACGAUUACGUGGAUGCCCAGCUGGGGUACUUUGAACUGAAAGGUGCACAACAAGUCUGCAUUGAGGGAAGGCUUCCAAGCAGUGCGUCAGAUAUCAAGUUGGAUUUGGCCACCUUGCCUUGUGCACGACCUUUGUUUCCAGAAGCAGAGGAGGAGGCCUUGCAAUCCUUGGUCUUCGACGACCCGAGCACGUCGCAGCCCAACGACUUCUGGCUGCACCCCUGCGACUGCCUGCCACAGCAGUGGGGCACCGAGUGGCCGGCGGAUCCCAUCGCGCUGGAGAAUAUCCCACCCACCAGCAAUGGAAGCUUCAUCCCCGAACCCUUCUCCAUCGUCUCAGGCCAGUUUGCGUGUCCUUCACGGCAGCUGCUGAAGGGAGCCAAAGGAAUCCACUUCCAAUCAGAGGCCGAGUCGAUGGAACCGGCAGAUUGCGAGGAGCGCUGCAAAGACUACAAGGAGUGCUCCUUCUUCUGGUCUGGAACCUCCCACGGCGCCACCACAUGUCGACUCUAUGAAGGUUGUGACAGCCUGGUGCGAGAGUUUGGGAUGGAAGGAGAACUCAAGGCGAUGUCUCGCAACAUCAGUUGCCAGGUGGCAAGCCCCGAGAACUGCUGGAAGACCACCCUUCGCAAGCAGUUCUUGACCCAAAAAGAGGGAACUUCGCCCUCUUUCACUCGGGCUGCUGCAAUUGUGAACUGGGGUGGAACUCGCAGCUGGACCUCCAAUUCAACAGGUUCCAAGAAUCCAGGCACCACCUACAUCGAGCCGUUCGGGAACAUGUCGACCAUCAAACUCCUGGGUUGGUCGUAUAUGCAGCACAAUGCUGGCUUUGUCCGAGACUCACCAGGUAUUGCAACUACUGUGGUGCAGGGUUUGAACCCCAACAAGAACUACAAGUACUCCAUCAAGCACAUCACAGCAGUUCCCACGCACAACUACAAACUCACCGUGAACCACGGCAGCCAAGUCACGGUGUCUCAGUAUUCGCGUCGCCGCAAUACCUACAACCGUGAGGGAACCGUGGCGGCUACACCACGUGGAGAACUGGUCUUUGAUUUCGAGGCCCUCAACUAUCCCCUGAACAUGCACGACCGUACCAGUGGCACAUCCAGCUCCACAGCCAGUGAGAACUGCCGGCGUCGCUACCGAGUUACCAGCUGCACCUGCAUUGCGGAGAGCGGGAUAUGUUCGGGUUCCAAAACGGAUGGCGCUACGUGUUGGGCUUAUGGUACCAUGGAUGUGGUCGGUAGCACAGGAAAGAGCAUUUCCGUUCGUGCAAAGACACGCUGCAUGGAGCUGCGAUUUGCAAGUUCUUAUUCUGUCAAGACCAGCGGUGGACCUAGUUUCAGUUGGUUGCAGAUGGGAGAGAAUGCAAGCUUGAACAGCGUGGAUGAUGAGGGAGAUCGUGAGAUGAGUUUGGAUGCAGUGGGGCAAGCUCGUGAAGAGGAGGAAGAAGAAGAUCUUGAUGUGGAAACGGACGAUGCGACGGAAGGUGUCGACGAUGCGACGGAAGGUGUCGACGCGGAGGAGACAGAGGAAUUGAAGGAUGACGAUGAUGACACCGGCCUGAAAGACCCGAAGCAUGACGAGUCCGAUGAGGAUUCGGAAGAUGGGGAUGUACCAAUGGAUUCACACAAUCACUCCAUGUCGCUGUUGGAAGAAGGACAAAAAGUGUUGGGCUGCAACUGCUACAUGGAUGACUUCACUGAGAAGAGACAUACUUGGACCGUCAAGCAUCACUGCAAGGAGGUCUGGAGGUCAGGCGAAACUUGCUACGCAAAAGGUGGUUAUGCCCAAGCAAUCUGCGCCAAAAUUCCCGAACCCGCGGCCCGAAGCUGGAGCGACAUCUCCGCCUCUGGAUCUUACUGGUCCAAUGAGGACAAAGGACCCGCAGCGAGUUGCCCCAGCGGACGCACCUUGACGGGAUGUUGGUGCAAGAGUACCACUGGGCGAGGAGACAACUGCGUGAAGGUUUGGGGUGAUGGAAACACCUGCUAUGCAAGGACCAGCGGAGGCCGAGCAAGCACCGUUCAAAAUACCAUUGAAGUCAUGGGCCGCUGUGCGAUUUUGACGACAGCCGCUACGGUGCUCAGUGAGUUGAAAAUCCAAUUGCAGCCGGACACAAACUUGUUGGAGACACCGGUGACUGAGAACCGAGCGAUCGGUCACCUUGCUCCAUUGUCCUUCUACUACAUGCAUUUGCAUCAGCAAUGUGAUUCACUUCUGUUGAUGGGUGGGGUUGGCGUGGAACAUUGUUCCCGACCCUCCUACCGCAAUCCCAACUACCACCCCUGGGACAAGAGGAAGGUUCUUCCAAAAAGCUUCGUUCAUGGCAGCGAAUUGACAGUGAGUUGCUGGAAGGAGCGCUUUGAGUCUUUCCGAGCCCAAGUGAAAAUACCUAGUGAGACUUUGCACUGUGUGAACGGCGACUGGUUCAACUCGGCGCAGACUCCUGAACUUGGCAAAUUCACUUGCGAGCCAUGCGUAGCUGUAGCAGGAAGUGGAUAUUCCAAGCACAUCAAGCGCAACGAGCAGGAGCUUUACUUCUACAGCAAGAUGGCCAUGCGGGUCUAUACCGAGCUGGGGUCAGUAGUGGAGACGUCUGCUGCGGCGCACAAGUUCUGCUUGAAGAAGGAUAAGACCUCUUCCAGCGGCAUGAUGCUGCAAAACGAACAGGAGUGUCCAGAGAUUCUGGCGAUUCAGCUGGCUGGCUCAUCGGAGAUCCAAGAGCGCAUGAUGCUUCUCUUGAAAGAAGGCAAGCCUGACAACAACCAAUGCCUGGAAGCACGACAAGCCAGUGACAAUGUAUCUCCUGCUGUGAUCCACAAGACGUGCAAUGUGGAUGAGGCACAGCAAGUGAUCUCGCCAAUGGCUUUGCCAGGCAUUCUGUGGAGCAUGCAUCAGACUGCUGACCGUCAGUCUGGGGAGGAUCUGCACAACGCUUACUCCUCGUACUGCGGUGCACAUGGAGCGCUUUCCAGACUUUCAUAUGGACAGAUCUUUGGUGGUGAAUUGGGUGGCACGAAGUCCUUGUGUCAGUUUGCUCCUGUGAUCAAGUUCGGAGUGUUUGUUGACAGCGCCAUCACCUACGACAAGACCAGUUCCAAUUGGCCGGAUUGGUAUACACUUCUUGCCGACUCUCCAAUUCUAUGCGCUGAUGGUGAGGCCCUGACGGGCUUCAAGCACCAGCCUGCCAGCAACAAGUUCCGCUACGAGUGCAGUCGCAUAGGUGGUUUGGGUGCGCAGUACGAAUACUUCAGUGCCCAGGUGGAAGUGAAAAGGUUCGAUCAGACGAGGUCCAACUGGAUCGAGUCUUUGAAGAUGAUCAACGUGGACUGCGGCAAGAAUGGUUUGCUGAGCGGUUUCCACUUCGAAUUCUCCGAAGGGGGCCGAUGGGCACGGUCCAAGUACACCUGUUCCAAAGCAGGAGGUGCUCCCGUGGUCAUGGAGCCCUCCACGCUGAUUGAGCCGCUGAUUCAAACCACAGAGGGCCUGUUUUGCCCUAAGACUUUGGAUGCGCACACCGGUCGCUAUGACUAUGAGAACGCUGUCACCGGCGACAAGUUGGUCUUCCAACGCAGUGGCUCCUGGUGCGUGGGAUCUGAUUGUUCCUCCGCAGUCGGUGGAGCCAAUCCUAUCGGCGUGUUGAUGACCACGCACGAGGUGGUGAAUGUCACGGACUUCGAUGGCAAGUUCGAAGCCAAAGGCGUUCCGGGGAUGGGCGGAAGCAGCGCAGGAGACUUGGCCAAGAAGCUGAAGGCCUUGAAACCACCGAAGCGGCCAGCGCAGCCGCCCAAACCCAAGCUGCAGGAAUUUAAAGCAACCAUGCCGCAAUACUCCGAGGAAUGUCUCGACUAUCAGGACCUGUGGAAGAAGGUCAUUGAGACCCAUGUGAAUGAAGAGAAGGAAGAGGUGAUUGAAGAGGCAAAAUUGGAAGCAGAUCCGGGAACCGAAGGACAGGAACUGCUAGACUACCACCCCUGUGCUGUGGCAGCUGGUGCUGGUGGCAUCUUCGGGCGCAUGGCAGGGCAGAGUGGUCAGAUGGCACCGGAGAACAUGCUCUACUCCGAUUGGAACGACUGUAUGCAGGGUGACAUCAACCGUGAUUUACUGCAAGCCAAGAUGGAUUUCGCAGCGACGGCCUACGACUUGGUGGCGAACGCGGUCCAGGAAGGCGUCAAGACCUUGUGCGCGGCAGUUCCAGGCAUCGAAAUCGCCCCAUUGGGUGCUGGCGUUGAGACAGAGCCCGAUGAUAUUUGCGGUCAAGUGGUGGAUUUUGUGCGCACGCUGGUGGAUCUUCCAGUUGGCUUUACCUUUGCGGCUCAUGAUUAUGCAAUGGAAGAAGAGGGUUUCAAUGCUUGCAACCCAUACCAGGUGGGUUUCUCACGCCUCUUCUGUGACAUCCACUGCGUCCGCGAUGCGGUGAUCCGUGGCGACCGAUCCAUCAUCAACAACUUGGAGAAAGCCACGAAGAUCUCCAACGACAACAUGAAGAAAAUGGUCGAGUGGUCCACCGAGGCCAAUCGUGUCGAGACGGAAUAUUUGGACAAGAAGAUCGAUCAUUCCUUGAAAGUGCAAAGCAUCUACCUGGACCACAUCUCCAAGAACACCCAACCGCCAGAAGAGCUGUUGCUGAAGGAUACCGCGGCCCAGACCAAGGCCAUGUUUGAGGAGAUGCGAGGCUAUGCAGAUGCAGCGUCUUUUAGCACCGUCUCCCGCCGCGGUGCCCACGACGCCCUGGAGACUUUCCUCCGCAGCGCGCAGUCGCUAGACGCGCAGAACGCCUCGGAGCGCUGGAGCCAGGCGAAACGCUUCCAUGGACAGGUGCAGAUGUUCCACGACUCACUGCAGUUGAGCAGCGGUGGCUUGUCGCGAGCCAAGGUGGUGGGGCGACAGAUCAGCCAUGAAGUGCAGCAGCUGCAGAAGCGCAUGGCGCAGCAGGAACGAGUGCUGGGUGUGUAUCGUACGCACAGCCGUUUGGCCGACAAGGCCGCCCCGGCCCCAACGGCAGCCAGCCGACAGAGCUUGGUCACUUUGGACCACCUGUGGUGGCGCAUUCGCGACCACCUUGAUGGCUACCUGGCCGUUGCGGAGAGCGAAGUCCGCCACAUCCAGCGAUCCUUCGUGGCCCUGUCCGACUACGAGAACUGCCAGAGUGAUUCGGAGGGUUUGUUAAAGAGCUAUGCAUCCAGCAUCUCCAAAAUGAAGAAGGGCCACCGAAAACUGAAGUCAACCUGGAGAGAGGUCAACAACUUGUUCGGAGAGCUCUCUGCCGUGCUGCGCGACUCGGACGUCUUUGGUGACUUGAUCUAUGCCGAAGGCUGCGAGUCGCCACUGGCACAGCAGACUUUGCAGCAGGCGCGUUUUGUGCUUCAGAGCAUGAUCUUCUUGCUCCACCGCUUCCAGGCAGCCAGUCUCCGCGCCCCAGACCUCGAAGAGAUGAAAGAGUCGGUGUCACAGAUCCGCAAAGCCUACCACCAGGCUUCGGCAAUGUUCGGCACCUUUCCAACGUUUGGUUCUUACCGUUCUUACCUGCAGUUUCAAGUUCUUGGCUCAUCCCAUCUGUGGAUCGGCCUACUCUCUCCAUCGCGAUCUUGGGCCGCGCCCGAGAUGUUCGCCUUCGGGCGCUUCCUCGUAACCGCCGCUCUGUGGCACGGUGCCCGCUCGGCGCCACACACAGAGCCGGACUGUGACGAACCAGUCUCCGCGACCAGUUCCGCUCUCCUCCAGCGGGGAAACUCGGGUGUUUCAAGGGGCCGGCUCCAAAGAAUGGAGAAAUUUGGAGACUUGGGUUCAGCCACGUUCAACCGCUCCGGCCUGGCUGCACAUUGUCGACCCCAAGCUUUACAUGCGCAGCCUUCGGCCUAUGUGGCGAAUAAGCUUGAAGUUUUGAAGGAAACCACCAUGAGCAGCAAAGGCAGUUGCUCAGGCAUCAGCUUGGUGAAUUUCGACACCCACACGUCAUCAACGACUUGUUGUCCCGUCGACUCCUUGUCCUGCGGUGGCUGCGCUAAGUAUGCUUCUAGUAAAUGUGAGCAAUGCUUGGGCGGCUUCCUCUUGAAAGAUGGGAAGUGCACGGCGUGCAUUUCCACGGUGGGGUGGACCAAUGAGUUGGGAGACACCUGUGAUGCCAUCCCGGCUGCAGAUUGCAAUGACCGACCAGUAAAUGGUCUAAGCAGCAACCAAGCUUGCUGUCAAUGCAAUGGCGGCGAGAAGACUGCCACGCCUUUCUCUUACCCAGACACCCGCUUUGCAGUUGGAGCUGCAGUAUCAUUGAAACCGCUGCCGCGCACUGCUGAGAGGUAUUCUGUGGAUUCGGGUUGCGGCUUUGCAGCCCACAACCUCACCAUUGACGGGGCAACUGGAGCCAUCACCUCCACUCAGAAUCCCACCAAACCCUUCACCGUGGAAUGUGAGGUGUCAGCCCACCAGGCAUUGCAUUUGGUGUCGACCGUGAAAGUGAGUGUCACUGUGGAGUUCAUGUCCUAUGGCGCAGGUGCUUUGUUCUUCUCUUCGGGUGUCACAUCUUAUCCAGUUACACUGGGUUCAGCUGCGGCAGACUGGAAUGACUUCGGCAUGGUCUGCGCACCAGAAGCUCCCUGGCUUAGCAUCGCAAGCUCAGGUGCUGUCUCCACUUCAUCAAGCACUUCAGGUGGUGCUGUGACGGACACGGAGACGCCUGAUGGAGACUUUGUGGGCAUUGAUGGAUCCGUUUGUGUGGUCUCAGCCAAGCAAAAGUCCGGAAACGAGACUCAAAAACGAAGCACCACCUUCGUGGCAUUGAAACCAAAACCGUGGCCAACACUUAGCUUUGAAAACAGCUAUGUGGACGUGGUGAUUGGAGAAGAACUAGCACCGAUGAAACCCAAAGUUCCAUCCGGGUAUGAGGAAGGAACCGGUGGUCUCAAGCCAAGUUCUUGGUAUGUGAAGUGCUUCGUCGAUGGAGAUUGGGCUGGAACAAGGUCUGCCCCGCAUUGGUCCUUUGAUACCAAUUGGGGUGUUGGCUUGCUGGGAUCUCACAGCAUUUUGGAGGUCCAGCCAGAUGGUGCCAUAACCAUCGCACCAGGGGAGACGAUGGCCAAGUUGUUUGAUGAGAUCCUUGCAGACAACUUGCAGCGAAAAUCCAUCCUGCUGAACUGCGGCAUCUGGGGCUCCUUCCCGGGCUCGGACUUCCCACCCGUGCACACUCCCUUGAUGAUCCAGAUCAAGGACAGCAUGUGCUGGAUCUCUGAGACGUUCCAGGGCAAAGUCAUCGAGGAGUCGACUGUACUGACAGAGGCAGUCUGCAGGAACAAGUGUCGACUCUCGAAACGUUGCUCUCAUUUUACCUGGAGCCAGGACAAGUGCAAGCACUACCGCGUGGAGAACGAGGGCGGCUCGCCCGUGACGGCCUAUGCCAAAGUCACCGGCUGCACGGACAUGGGCACCUGCCUGCGGCUUGCGCAUUCCGAAUGGGUCCUUGCUGGGGACUACUGCCCCAUUGGAUUCCAGGCACCGCCUGCUGGCCUUGAAGUUUCCAGGGAGGUGACACAAAUUCGGGCGCAGGAUAACGUGCAAAUGUCUGGGCAGUUGACAACGCAAGGUGACUACAUCUUGCAACCUGGGCCCGAUGUCUGUUAUGGAGCAGAUCAGUUCACCUGUGGUGUGUUGGAAUUCAAUCUGAAGUGUUCCAAGGAGACGAAGUUGAAAUUCAAGGCUGAGAUGAUUGGCCCGGACGGUGCCUCCGAUUCCAUGUGGGUGCAGAUCAAGGGCACCGGCUCCCGCCUCGCGUGGCACACGGGACAGACCUCCGACUGGGGCUGGUCGUCGGCCGACUCGCCCGAGGUGACGGCGCCGGCCGGGAACAGCGUGAUGCAGUUCUAUGGCCGAGAAAAGAAUUUCAAAGUGAGGCAUUUCAAGAUCGUCCAUGGUGAAGCUGAUUGCAAGUUUGUGGGUCCACCAGCGAAGACACCCACGCGACUUGUGGUCUACAAGAAGGAGAGUUCCAUUCCGCAAGAGGUGAUGUACCUGAGCACCUCGUCCGGAACCUCUACUUGUGCCGCUGGCAAAUGGUUGGUGCAGAAAGCCAGCGAUGACGAUUACGUGGAUGCCCAGCUGGGGUACUUUGAACUGAAAGGUGCAGAACAAGUCUGCAUUGAGGGAAACCUUCCAAGCUCUGCGACGAGCAUCAAGUUGGACUUGGCCACCUUGCCCUGUGCGAGACCUUUGUUUCCAGAAGCAGAGGAGGAGGCCUUGCAAUCCUUGGUCUUCGAUGACCCGAGCACGUCGCAGCCCAACGACUUCUGGCUGCACCCCUGCGACUGCCUGCCACAGCAGUGGGGCACCGAGUGGCCGGCAGAUCCCAUCGCGCUGGAGAAUAUCCCACCCACCAGCAAUGGAAGCUUCAUCCCCGAACCCUUCUCUAUCGUCUCAGGCCAGUUUGCGUGUCCUUCAAGGCAGCUGCUGAAGGGAGCCAAAGGAAUUCACUUCCAAUCAGAAGCUGAAUCUAUGGAGCCGGCAGACUGCGAGGAGCGCUGCAAAGACUACAAGGAGUGCUCCUUCUUCUGGUCUGGAACCUCCCACGGUGCCACCACUUGUCGGCUCUAUGAAGGUUGUGACAGCUUGGUGCGAGAGUUUGGGAUGGAAGGAGAACUUAAGGCGAUGUCUCGCAACAUCAGUUGUCAGGUGGCAAGCCCCGAGAACUGCUGGAAGACAACCCUUCGCAAGCAGUUCUUGACCCAAAAAGAGGGAACUUCGCCCUCUUUCACUCGGGCUGCUGCAGUUGUGAACUGGGGUGGAACUCGCAGCUGGACCUCCAAUUCAACAGGUUCCAAGAAUCCAGGCACCACCUACAUCGAGCCGUUCGGGAACAUGUCGACCAUCAAACUCCUGGGUUGGUCGUAUAUGCAGCACAAUGCUGGCUUUGUCCGAGACUCACCAGGUAUUGCAACUACUGUGGUGCAGGGUUUAAACCCCAACAAGAACUACAAGUACUCCAUCAAGCACAUCACUGCAGUUCCCGCGCACAACUACAAACUCACCGUGAACCACGGCAGCCAAGUCACAGUGUCUCAGUAUUCGCGUCGCCGCAAUACCUACAACCGUGAGGGAACCGUGGCAGCUACACCACGUGGAGAACUGGUCUUUGAUUUCGAGGCCCUCAACUAUCCCCUGAACAUGCACGACCGUACCAGUGGCACAUCCAGCUCCACAGCCAGUGAGAACUGCCGGCGUCGCUACCGAGUUACCAGCUGCACCUGCAUUGCGGAGAGCGGGAUAUGUUCGGGUUCCAAAACGGAUGGCGCUACGUGUUGGGCUUAUGGUACCAUGGAUGUGGUUGGUAGCACAGGAAAGAGCAUUACCGUUCGUGCAAAGACACGCUGCAUGGAGCUGCGAUUUGCAAGUUCUUAUUCUGUCAAGACCAGUGGUGGACCUAGUUUCAGUUGGUUGCAGAUGGGAGAGAAUGCAAGCUUGAACAGCGUGGAUGAUGAGGGAGAUCGUGAGAUGAGUUUGGAUGCAGUGGGGCAAGCCCGUGAAGAGGAGGAAGAAGAAGAUCUUGAUGUGGAAACGGACGAUGCGACGGAAGGUGUCGAUGCGGAGGAGACAGAGGAAUUGAAGGAUGACGAUGAUGACACCGGUCUGAAAGACCCGAAGCAUGACGAGUCUGAUGAGGAUUCGGAAGAUGGGGAUGUACCAAUGGAUUCACACAAUCACUCCAUGUCGCUGUUGGAAGAAGGCGAGUCAAGUGCUUCUGAGUCGCAGGGUUGGCGUCGUCGUCGCCGUCGCCGACGCAGAAGACGCUCCCGCCGCAGACGCUCCCGACGUAGACGUUCCCGCCGCAGACGCUCCCGCCGCAGACGCACCUUGCCAAGCAGCGUGUCAGCCUCUUGUGACUCAGGACAAAAAGUGUUGGGCUGCAACUGCUACAUGGAUGACUUCACUGAGAAGAGACAUACUUGGACCGUCAAGCAUCACUGCAAGGAGGUCUGGAGGUCAGGCGAAACUUGCUACGCAAAAGGUGGUUAUGCCCAAGCAAUCUGCGCCAACAUUCCCGAGCCCGCGGCCCGAAGCUGGAGCGACAUCUCGGCCUCUGGAUCUUACUGGUCCAACGAGGACAAAGGACCCGCAGCGAGUUGUCCCAGCGGACGCACCUUGACGGGAUGUUGGUGCAAGAGUACCACGGGGCGAGGCGACAACUGCGUGAAGGUUUGGGGUGAUGGAAACACCUGCUAUGCAAGGACCAGUGGUGGCCGAGCAAGCACCGUUCAAAAUACCAUUGAAGUCAUGGGCCGCUGUGCGAUUUUGACGACAGCUGCUACGGUGCUCAGUGAGUUGAAAAUCCAAUUGCAGCCGGACACAAACUUGUUGGAGACACCGGUGACUGAGAACCGCGCGAUUGGUCACCUUGCUCCUUUGUCCUUCUACUACAUGCAUUUGCAUCAGCAAUGUGAUUCACUUCUGUUGAUGGGCGGAGUUGGCGUGGAACAUUGUUCCCGACCCUCCUACCGCAAUCCCAACUACCAUCCCUGGGACAAGAAGAAGGUUCUUCCUAAGAGCUUCGUUCAUGGUAGCGAAUUGACAGUGAGUUGCUGGAAGGAGCGCUUUGAGUCUUUCCGAGCCCAAGUGAAAAUACCUAGUGAGACUCUGCACUGUGUGAACGGCGACUGGUUCAACUCGGCGCAGACUCCUGAACUUGGCAAAUUCACUUGCGAGCCAUGCGUAGCUGUAGCAGGAAGUGGAUAUUCCAAGCACAUCAAGCGCAACGAGCAGGAGCUUUACUUCUACAGCAAGAUGGCCAUGCGGGUCUAUACCGAGCUGGGGUCAGUAGUGGAGACGUCUGCUGCAGCGCACAAGUUCUGCUUGAAGAAGGAUAAGACCUCUUCCAGCGGCAUGAUGCUGCAAAACGAACAGGAAUGCCCCGAGAUUCUGGCGAUUCAGCUGGCUGGCUCGUCGGAGAUCCAAGAGCGCAUGAUGCUGCUCUUGAAAGAAGGCAAACCUGACAACAACCAAUGCCUGGAAGCACGACAAGCCAGUGACAAUGUAUCUCCUGCUGUGAUCCACAAGACGUGCAAUGUGGAUGAGGCACAGCAAGUGAUCUCGCCAAUGGCUUUGCCAGGCAUUCUGUGGAGCAUGCAUCAGACUGCUGACCGUCAGUCUGGGGAGGAUUUGCACAACGCUUACUCCUCGUACUGCGGUGCACAUGGAGCGCUUUCCAGACUUUCAUAUGGACAGAUCUUUGGUGGUGAUACGGGUGGCACGAAGUCCUUGUGCCAGUUUGCUCCUGUGAUCAAGUUCGGAGUCUUUGUUGACAGCACCAUCACCUACGACAAGACCAGUUCCAAUUGGCCGGAUUGGAACACACUUCUUGCCGACUCUCCAAUUCUAUGUGCCGAUGGUGAGGCGCUGACAGGUUUCAAGCACCAGCCUGCCAGCAACAAGUUCCGCUAUGAGUGCAGUCGCAUAGGUGGUUUGGGUGCGCAAUACGAAUACUUCAGUGCUCAGGUGGAAGUGAAAAGGUUCGAUCAGACGAGGUCCAACUGGAUCGAGUCUUUGAAGAUGAUCAACGUGGACUGCGGCAAGAACGGCUUGCUGAGCGGUUUCCACUUCGAAUUUUCCGAGGGUGGACGAUGGGCUCGUUCCAAGUACACGUGUUCCAAGGCGGGUGGUGCGCCGGUGGUCAUGGAGCCCUCCACAUUGAUCGAGCCGCUGAUUCAAAGCAACGAAGGAGUGUUUUGCCCCAAGACUCUGAAUGCGCACACCGGGCGUUACGACUACGAGAACGUGGUCACCGGUGAUGUGUUGAGUUUCCAAAACAGCGGUGCCUGGUGCGUCGGCUCGGACUGUUCCUCCGCGGUGGGUGGAGCGAGUCCCAUUGGGGUGAUGAUGACAAGCCAUGAGGUGGUGAACGUCACGGACUUCGAUGGUAAGUUCGAAGCCAAGGGCGUUCCCUCCAUGGGCGGAAACAGCGCAGGGGACUUGGCCAAGAAGCUGAAGGCCUUGAAACCACCGAAGCGGCCAGCGCAGCCGCCCAAACCCAAGCUGCAGGAGUUCAAGGCAACCAUGCCGCAAUACUCCGAGGAAUGUCUCGACUAUCAGGACCUGUGGAAGAAGGUCAUUGAGACCCAUGUGAAUGAAGAGAAGGAAGAGGUGAUCGAAGAAGCGAAGUUAGAAGCAGAUCCGGGAACCGAAGGACAGGAGCUGCUAGACUACCACCCCUGUGCUGUGGCAGCUGGUGCUGGUGGCAUCUUUGGGCGCAUGGCAGGGCAAAGUGGUCAGAUGGCACCUGAGAACAUGCUCUACUCCGAUUGGAACGACUGUAUGCAGGGUGACAUCAACCGUGAUUUGGUGGCAGCCAAGGUGGCCUUCUCUGAAGCCGGCUACGAGUUGGUGGCGAACGCCAUCCAGGAAGGUGUCAAGACCUUGUGUGCGGCCGUGCCGGGCAUCGAAAUCGCCCCGUUGGGCGCCGGAGUUGAGGCGAAACCCGAUAACAUCUGCGACCAGGUGGUUGAUUUCGUGCGAACCCUGAUUGAUCUCCCUGUUGGCUUCGGCUUUGCAUCGACCAAUUUCGGACUGGAAGAGGAAGGCUUCAACGCCUGUAACCCCUUCCAAGUGGGCUUCUCCCGAGCCUUCUGUGACAUCCACUGCGUCCGCGAUGCGGUGAUCCGUGGCGACCGAUCCAUCAUCAACAACUUGGAGAAAGCCACGAAGAUCUCCAAUGACAACAUGAAGAAAAUGGUGGAGUGGUCCACUGAGGCCAACCGAGCAGAGACGGAAUAUCUGGACAAGAAGAUUGAUCACUCUUUGAAAGUGAAUACCAUCUACCUGGAACACAUCGCCCAGAACACCAAUCCCAAGCUGCUCUUGAAAGACACAGCUGCUAAGACACAGGCCAUGAUGAAAGAGAUGCGCGGCUAUGCGGAUGCAGCGUCUUUCAGCACUGUCUCCCGGCGCGGCGCCCACGACGCCCUGGAGACCUUACUCCGCGGCGCGCAGCAGCUGGACGCGCAGAACGCCUCGGAGCGCUGGAGCCAGGCGAAACGCUUCCAUGGACAGGUGCAGAUGCUCCACGACUCACUGCUGUUGAGCAGCGGUGGCUUGUCGCGAGCCAAGGUGGUAGGUCGGCAGAUCAGCCAUGAAGUGCAGCAGCUGCAGAAGCGCAUCGCGGAGCAGGAGCGAGUGCUGGGUGUCUAUCGUGCCCACAACCACUUGGUGCACAAGGCUUCCCGAAGCUGGAAGAAACGCAGCAGCAGCAGCAAAACCUUGAUGACUUUGGACCACCUGUGGUGGCGCAUCCGCGACCACCUGGAUGGUUACCUGGAAGUUGCGGACAGCGAAGUCCGUCACAUCCAGCAAUCCUUCGUGGCCUUGUCCAACUACGAGAAUUGCCAGGCAGAUUUGGAAGGCCUGUUGCAGAGCUAUGCCGCCAGCAUCUCCAAGAUGAAGAAGGGUCAUGGCAAGUUGAAGACCACCUGGCGAGAGGUGUCCAACCUCUUGGGCGAACUGUCCGCGGUGAUCCGCGACGGCGACGCCUUCGGUGACUUCGUGCAGCUCGAGGGCUGCGGCUCGCCGUUGGCCAAGCAGACCCUGCAGCAGGCACAUUUCGUGGUGCAGGGCAUGGCUUUCUUGCUGCAUCGCUUCCAGGCGGCUGGGCUGGGAGCCCCUGAUGUCUCCAGCUUGAAGGACUCUGCAGCGCAGAUCCGCAGGUCUUAUGAGGAGGCCAACCAGGGCUGCGCUGCGGGCCACGACUAACAUCAAGAGAGGAGAAACAGAAC